GGCUUUUGCCUUCUCUUCUGCAAACGGUCUUCAGUUGAGCUGCUGAUGAUCGAUUAUUAGCCGUAGACGUAGAAGCUUUCAUUUCCCCUGCUUCGUUAUCUGUACAUAUCCGCAUACGCAGCUGAACGUGAACGUGCUGCGGUCGGAUGAGCAGUUUGGCGGAGACCCGGAAAGGAGUUUCGGGUGAUUGGAGGUGAAUGCUAGAGGUAGUAAGAGUUCAUCAAUGGAGGCUGCGUCGAAUUUUCUUGCUUCUUCUACUUCUUCGCCGUUCCACCCAAUGGCCGUCAUGAGAAGCGGCCUCCCUUCUUCUUCUUCUUCUUCCCCUUCAGUUUCAUACCUCCAAGAACCGGCCACCCUCGGAGUUUCCUCUGCUCCCGGUAAUUCAGCGGCUCGGACAAUUCCUUUCUCGGGUCCCUCUCGGGACCAGAGGAAUGAGUAUAACGCGCUCUUCCAUGUCAUGAAGGAAGACACAGCAUCACAGGCAACCUUGAAUCGGAGAGAGAAAAUUGUCGGUGAUUCUGAAAGGUUACUCCAGGACAUCGAGUACCAGCACAGCCGCUGGCCUGGUUUAUGGUACCUGUUUCCAUCCAUACAGUCUAAGGACAGUCGAUGCUCAUCUUUGCAGUCCAUUGCGACUGAACCAGCAACAGUUUUGGAAGAUGAGUUGUGUGAUGCAGUUGACCUCGCCAAGAAAGCACUGUCAGCUUCAAAACAAGCAGCCUCCUUAUCUGAUUCAAAGCAUCUUGCAACCAGCUUGGAGGCAACAGAAUUGUCAGAUCAUCGGAAAGAGGAAGUUAAAACAGUCAGGUCAACCCGGCUCCUGGAGAGGCAGUCGAGACGGAGGAGAACGCCAAAAUCAAAGGAUUUGGUUCUCGAGGUAAACAAAUCCAAGAGGGUAGAUGCAAAGAAAAAACUAAGCCAAGGUUAUGACCCUAAUGAUCCCCUUCGGUUGUUUUUGUGGGGCCCUGAGACAAGACAACUGUUGACAAUAGAAGAAGAAUCAGAGCUGAUUAUUCAGAUACAGGAUCUACUUAAACUGGAGCAUGUUAAAGAUAGCCUUCACUUUCAAUUUAGGUGUGAGCCUACCUUGGUUGAAUGGGCUGAAGCUGUGGGCGUCAGUUGUCGGGUCCUGCAGUUGCAACUUCAAACUGGUCACAGUUGCCGUGAGAAGCUGAUAAAUGCAAAUUUACGAAUGGUGGUCCAUGUUGCAAAACAGUAUCAGGGACGAGGUCUCAGCCUCCAGGACUUAUUGCAGGAAGGAAGUAUGGGGCUUAUCAAGAGCAUUGAGAAGUUCAAACCUCAGGCAGGCUGUCGUUUUGCUACCUAUGCUUACUGGUGGAUCAGGCAAACAGUGAGGAAGGCCAUAUUCCAACAUUCACGGACUAUUCGUUUACCGGAGAAUGUGUAUGGGCUUCUGAACAAGGUAAUGGAAGCGAAGAGAUCUUAUGUUCAAGAGGGAAAUUAUCGUCCAAGCAAAGAACAGAUUGCGAAACGAGUCGGUAUCACAGUUGACAAGUUGGAAAAAUUAAUGGUUACAACUCGAACGCCUCUUUCAAUGCAGCAACCCGUAUGGAUGGACCAGGAGACCACAUUCCAGGAGAUAACUGCAGAUACGGGAAUUGAGAUCCCCGAUGUAAGUGUUACGAAACAGCUAAUGAGACAGCAUGUGCGGAACCUGCUAGGCAUUCUCAGCCCUAAAGAGAGGAGGAUCAUAAGGCUUCGCUUUGGGAUCGAAGAUGGGGAACAGAAAUCACUUUCUGAAAUCGGAGAUAUAUUCGGGUUAUCUAAGGAGAGAGUUCGGCAGCUCGAGAACCGAGCUCUUUACAAGCUCAAGCAGUGCCUCAGUAGUCAUGGACUGGAUGCUUAUGGUGAUCUGCUUGUUUAGCUGUUUCAUUACCUCCCCAGAUUAAAAGGAUGCUCUCCCAAAUUUUCUCAGAGAAGUUCAAGAAACAGUUUGAGAUCCUAAUGAGAAACCUAUCUCAAGAGCAGUUCUCGAAGCCAUCCUGAGUUCGGAGUCUAGCAAAUUCAUUAAUAUCGGCAAUAUCUAUGUUGUAAUACCACCUUGCUGUUUUUGGUAUAUGUAUCCAAUAAAUAUAAUUAGCCUCGGUUCAUUUGUAGAGUUCGAAAAUUUCCUUUCUCAACUCAUUCAUCGUAACCUCAAGUUUGUGUCUUAAAUAACAUUUGUACAUUAGUCAAACUAUUGUAUGCCUCCUGAUGAUAAUGCCCCUAAGUUUGAAUGGCGGCACUGUCUUU